AACUGAGUUUGGGCGCCAAGCCCCCGAGUGGUCAUCACGCUGGACCCUGGCGCGGAGCCCUGGCAUCACGACUCGGAGGCCGAGAUUCUCUCCUGGAGUCACCCAGGGGAGAUGGAGCCACCCCAGUGUGUGGAGGAGCUGGAGGAUGAUGUGUUCCAGCCAGAGGAUGGGGAGCCGGGGACCCAGCCUGGGAGCUUGCUCUCUGCUGACCUGUUUGCCCAGAGCCAGCUGGACUGCCCCCUCAGCCGUCUGCAGCUCUUCCCUCUCACGCACUGCUGUGGCCCUGGGCUUCGACCCACCAGCCAGGAAGACAAGGCUACCCAGACUCUCAGUCCAGCCUCCCCAAGCCAGGGUGUCAUGCUGCCUUGUGGGGUGACUGAGGAACCCCAGCGACUCUUUUAUGGCAAUGCCGGCUACCGGCUCCCCCUCCCUGCCGGUUUCCCUGCAGGCUUGCCCCUUGGUGAGCAGCCCGCUGAAGGGCAGUGGCAACAUCGAGCAGAGGUACAGAUUGCCCGAAAACUUCAGCGCAUUGCAGACCAGUUCCAUCGGCUUCAUAUGCAGCAAACAAGGAGACUGAGGCACUGGGAUGGAAGUAAUUUAGGGUUAAGUCUCUAGGCUUCAGAUACAAAGUCAGAAGGCCCAGGUUUGAAUGCCAGCUCUGCUACCUACUAGCCUCCGGGAAGUCUCUGGCAGAGCCUGUUUCCUCUUCUGUAAAUUAGACCUAAUGCCAGAGAAUGUGAUCGUGAAGAUUCAGUGAGAAAAUACCUACGAGAGUUCCAGGCACACAGUAGGUAUUCUUUAAUGCUUGAUUUCUUCUGUCUCUAUAAUCCUGAUUGUCCCCCACAUUUGUUCUUGUCAGUUUACAGUGCA